UUUGUCGUCACACGUGGCCCCUCUCUUUCUUUAUAUAUGUUCACCUAGUCUAUCCUCAAGCAAUCGCCAGCUGCGUUAAAACAAAUUCUGAAAAUACUCGCCGGAGAAGGUGGUGGUUGCUGUAACACUGACUCGGAAAUGAACGGUAUAGGUGGUUGUUGUAUUGCAAGGCAUGAGGGACGUGGUGGAUGUGGUGGGCUGUACGGCAUGUCGAAGGUGGAGAGGAUAAUGCUAAAGUACAGGCCGAUCGCGCCCAAACCGGUGGCUGCUGGGUCAGGUUCCGGUGGUUCCACGACGGAGACUAGCGAUGGGUAUGUUAAGUGUGGAAGAGGUAAGAGAAAGUAUGUUAGGGUUAACGGGAACAAAAAGAAGAACGGUAAUUCGAAGAGAGGCAGUAGUGAAAACAAAAAGGCGACGACGUCGUUAUGUCCACCGCCUCCUUCUACCGGAGAAGAUACGGUUGUGACGCUUUCUUUGUUGCCGGAGACUCCAGAUCGGAAAGAGAACUCACAGGUUACAGGUUUUGCAGAUCUGUUAUCGUCAACCCAGAUAAAGAAGUGUAAGUGCAAUAACAACAAAAAAACAGCGCCGGCGCCGGUCUGGUUGAGCUUUGACAACAAGGAGCAAAAGGUAGGGUUUGAUCCAGUUGUAGUGAAACCUCCACCGCCACCGCCACCUCGACGACUGCAAGUGGUGUCAUACGUGACAGUGGAAUGCGUGAGAGAGAGUUGGAUAGACGGAUUAGGGAUAGAGUACUGUACGGACAAGGAAAGGGUCAUGAACAUGGAGAAGGACACGUGUCCUGGGUUCAUAUCGGACGGCCAAGAUAGAGUGGUGUGGACUAACAAGGCGUUCAGACAGAUGGUCGGAGUUGGAGACGUGAUCAGCGGAGAGGACAUGUCGGUGGUGUUGGUGAGAAAGAAUAAUUGGAUGCCAUCGCCGGUAAGAUACCCAACUUUCACCUGCAAGGUGACGAUAACCUCCGCCGUCGCAACUUACUGUAACGGCACAACUCCUUCACCGGCGUCUCCGACGCGAACGCUGCCAUGUGACGUUUGGAGGAUGGAGCGUGGUGCCUGCGCAUGGCGAUUGGACGUCAAAGCAGCCCUUAGCUUGGGUCGGUAAGAAACUAAGACUCCUCCAUCCACUAAGCCAUUAACUGUUAAUAUUCUUAUUUUCUUUUUCUUUUUUUGUUCUGUAAAAUUUAAGAGUUUGCUUGUCGAAUUAAUAUUAUUGUUCAAACUUAAUUUCGAGUUGAUUAUCAUCGUUACAA